GGGAGACCACCAGCUGGGACGCGGAGCCCAUAAACGCUCGCGGGUAGCAUGCCGGCCAUUGCGACCAAGCGAAGCAACAACUGCUGGGGUAGGUAAUGGAAUGUAUAAUUGGAGAGAGAGGAAGCUUUGCACGAGCAGAGUGGGGGUUUGCAAAGGGCUGAGUGCACAGAAAGCGAAGCAGAAAACAGAAAACGAAGAUGGCGGGCAGCUCGAGAUACAAAAUCUUCGCCAAGAUUUCUCGAGAAAAGCUGUGGAUCGCGCUUGGGCCGCUGCUCACCGCCCGCCAGUGCUUGAUUCACCCGGCAGAAAGACGACGCGCCGACAUUCACUCAUCUCCCCGCCGACAUGCGGGAGCCUGCCAGCGCCAUCGCAGCAUGACAAUCCCUCCGGUGCACCCCCUACGACCCCCGCUGAGCACGCACCCUCUCUGAAGGCUACAAUGGGGUCGCGCCUCGAAAGCAACUCGAGUGCCGUUCGGAAGCGUAUUUCAAAUCACUCUUUCGAGGAUGAGGAUGGCGACGAGUACGAGGGCUCCAAGUUCGGCGGGUUUUCCGACUAUUUCAGGCGGAAGAAGAUCAAGUUACAGAAUCUGGACGCCGACCUGCGCAGCCAAUCCGUCGACAAGCCGGCCAUAUUCAAAGGAAUCGUAGCCCACGUCAAUGGAUACACGCAACCGUCGUUGAACGACCUGCACACCCUCAUCGUCCAGCAUGGAGGAGGCUUUAUGCAGUACCUUGACGGCAAAACCACCGUCACGCACAUCAUCGCCAGCAGUCUGACCCCGAAGAAGGUGGUUGAGUUCAGGCGAUAUCGCAUAGUCAAGCCAGGGUGGGUGGUGGCCAGCAUAAAAGCAGGGAGACUGUUGCCUUGGAAUGACUAUCGAGUGGUAGACGAAGGCGACAGCCAGAGAGUCUUAGCAUUUGACAACGGAAAAGUAUUUAGCAAGGCCAAUGUCAAGGCCAGGGGCUACAGGGACCAAACGGAUACCAGCUGGUACACCAGCCAGUUGAGGGGCAGUCAGGCUGAGUCACCAUCACCCCCACCCAGUAGCACAAUGCCCUCCCGAUUCUCUAUGCAGAGGUCACCGAUGUCACACGGCGGUAUUGAAGAGCUCCCGCCUUCGCACCAGCCAGAGAUGGAGUCUCGCGAUACUAGCGUGCUCGACUCAGGGCCUGACAACGUUUCGAAACCGAGGAAGCUCGUCGCACCUCCUAAGACGAGCCCCUCACUCGGGUCACAGGUGCACCAUGAAGAGAAUGUCAAUUCAAAAUAUCUAAUCGCAGACCAAGAUGACAGCCUCUAUGCUGACCCCACCCCACCAGAUGCCCCUCAAGCCCGGCCACGUUCUGUCUCUCCCGUGAAACGACCAGUUGAAGAUGGAGACGAGGAACCCGUAGAACCCCCUCCGAAGAAAACUAAACUCACAGCUGAAGAGCACAAUGCAAUCCUCCUUCGUGACCCCAAAAUCCGCAAAUCUACCGUCGUUGACCCAAACUUUCUCGAGCAAUACUACCGUGAGUCCCGCCUGCACCACCUAUCCACCUGGAAAGCAGACCUUAAGUCUCAGCUCCAGGCAUUAGCCAACGAGAGGACCUCGUCUCAGCAGCGGAAGCACAAAAGACCACCUGGUGCUAGACGAUACGUUCUCCACGUCGACUUUGACAGUUUCUUCGCUUCAGUAAGUCUCAAGAAGAAUCCACAGUAUAAAGAUAAACCUGCGGUCGUCGCUCACGGAAACGGCAACGGCUCCGAGAUUGCAAGCUGCAACUACUCGGCGCGCAAAUUUGGGGUUAAGAAUGGUAUGUGGAUGAAGAGAGCCAUGGAGCUCUGUCCGGAUCUCAAGAUCUUACCGUACGACUUUCCAGCCUACGAAGAAGCGAGUCGAGCGUUCUAUGAUGCUAUCCUUGCAACCGGGGGGCUCGUUCAGAGCGUCAGCAUCGAUGAGGCGCUCAUUGACGUCUCUAGUCUUUGCGCGGCCACAGGUGGUAGUGACGGGAGGAAUGUAUCCGAGGGAAGCGUCUACCGGGAACAGGCCAAGGCAGAUGAGAUCGCACAGUCGCUACGGAAUCAAGUCAAGGAGAAAACAGACUGCAACGUGUCAGUCGGUAUCGGUGGCAACAUCUUGCUUGCCAAGGUCGCGCUUCGCAAGGCGAAACCAGCUGGUCAACAUCAGAUCAAGCAUGAAGAGAUCCUCGAUUUUAUCGGACAGCUACAGGUUCAAGAUCUCCCUGGUGUAGCAUGGUCAAUUGGUGGCAAACUCGAAGAAAUGGGGAUCAAAUUCGUCAAGGACAUUCGAGAGUUCCCAAAGGAACGGCUAAUCCAGACGUUGGGCCCGAAGACGGGAGAGAAGUUGUGGGAGUACUCGCGUGGCAUUGACCGCACAGAAGUCGGCGAGCAAGUUGUCCGGAAAUCCGUGUCCGCGGAAGUGAGUUGGGGUGUUCGGUUUGAGAACCAAGACCAAGCAGACGAGUUCAUCGGAAGUCUCUGUGGCGAGUUGCAAAAACGUCUUAUUAAAGAGAAGGUCAAGGGAAAGCAAUUCACUAUGAAGAUCAUGCGCCGUUCGCCAGAUGCUCCUCUCGAUCCGCCGAAGCAUUUAGGCCACGGAAAAUGCGAUACGUAUAAUAAGAGUAUGGUCCUUGGUGUUGCUACAAAUGCAAAGGAUGUCUUGACCAAGGAGGCCCUAAGUAUCCUCAAAGGCUUCGGUUUCUCUCCGGGUGAGCUUCGAGGCAUAGGCGUUCAAAUGACGAAGCUCGAACAUAUCAAAAGCACCAUAGACGGCCAAUUCGAAAGCUCCCAACGCCGUCUCCAAUUCAAAGUCAACGUCAACGCCGAAACCACCAGCACCCGCAAAGCCCCCAAAAUUGCCGACGCAGACCCUAUCCAGGACGACCCAGAGACGCCCAGGAAGCCAAAAGCUGUAGGAAGAGCGGAUGCAGACCACAUCUCCUUCGGCGCACAACAACUCAAUCACUCAACGCCGUCCCGCCGCCCCCUUAAUACUCUCGGAACGCAGUUUAUUUUACCAACACAAGCCGAUCCCAAAGUCCUCGCCGAACUCCCCGAAGACAUCCGCUCGAAACUGCUCAGACAAGUGCGGCAAUCGUCGCCGACGCCCGCGCCGCGGAACCCACCUGCCCCCCCAGCAGCACACAAAUCCUGUGAAUCCUUACCCCACGUUCCAAAGGGCAAGAGCAAAGAACAUGAAGACAGAGAUAGAAUACCCCUAACCGCCCUCCCCGCCCACUCCCAACUCGACCCCUACAUCCUCGCCGCCCUACCCGCAGACGUCCGCGCUGAGGUCCUUGCACAAUACGCUGACUCUGCAACGCCUUCUACCAUCCCUCUAACCAUCCCUUCCUCCCCGCACGACAGAAAACCAGAUCAAACACUUCUCCCCCAAUCCCCACGCAAAUCCAGGAUCAUUGGGAUCCCCACCAAAAAACCCAACAGUGGAUUGCCGGUGAAACGGGGGCGAGGCCGUCCGCCAAAAUCCGCACAACUUGCAGCGGCCGCGGCCGCGAGUGUGAGGAGUAAGAGUGGGAAAAUCGUCGACACCGCAGAACACAGUGGAGGUGGAGGCAGAAGUGGAAGCGGAGGUGGGGGCGUCGAGGAACUUGACCCGGACUUCCUCUCCGCGCUGCCCGAGGACCUACGGAGAGAAGUGGUGGAGGAACAUCGCAGGAAGAAAUUACAGGCUUCCAGACUCGCUGUCACGAUCGCCAGGAAGCAGAAAGAAGCUGCGCUUCCCCCAGUGGUGAAAAGGCCACAACGUAUUAAAAUCCCUAGACCCCCCAAACCAACAUUUACGACGCGCAGGCUGUGGGACGUGGUGGAUUUGCGAACAGCGAUUCGGGAUUGGGUGAGGGAGUUCAGCGAUGAGGGGCCGUAUGGCGAGGAUGUGGAGGCGUUGGGGAGGUAUCUCGGGAGGGUUGUCGGCGAGGAGAGGGAUUUGGGGAAGGCGGUGGGAGUUGUUAGGUGGUUGAUUUGGGUGGUGGGAGAGGUUGACGAUGAGGGGAGUGGGGAUAGGGAAGGGAACGGGGGGUUUGAGAAGAACAAGUGGGACGAUGCUGUGCAGAGGGUGAAGGAGGGUGUUAGGGAAGCUGGGAGGAGAAGGGGGUUGGGGAAUGAGUGGUGCUGA